GUGGAUUUACUUGAUUUCCAAGUGGGAUGAGGUGUGCCCGGAUUUGCCUAUUUGCCACACCAUCAUGUCUUGCGCCUCGGUGGAGAAGCAGAAGCAGGUCUUGUGUGAUUGGCUUCACUCCAAGGCGCCGGGCACUUUGUUGAAGCGUGUGAAUGCACUGUUGCUGUUCCACAGGUCCAUGGGCUGGCAGGUUGAUAUUCCGUACAAAGAAGAUGUCAUGUAUAACUACAUGUCUGACUCACGCGAUGUGCGGGUGUUGCAAAAGGCCAGCGCAAGCAAAGACGCAAAGCCCCUCCGCUCAAAGUGCCAGAGCUUCGAAAGUUACAUCGCCUAUUGGGUGACGAGCAUAGUCAACUUUGGGACCGCAUGUUUGCAAGGGGCCUGCUUGGCAUGUGCUUACAUGAGGGCCAGGUGGGGCGACUUUCAGCAGACAGUCAGGUUCGUCGUUGAUCGUGAUGGCGGCGGGAAUCCUGUAUAUCUUGAAUUCCAGUCAGAUGUUUUCAAGACCAUGAAUGCUAAGUUUUGGAAUGAUGAGCCUGCCAUUUGGGUAGCGCCUGCGCUCGGUGUGUCCGAUCGCCCUUGGUUGGACUUGUGGCUUGAGGUCAGGCGAGAGCUAGGCAUUGUUAGCAUUGAACCUCCACUGCCAACGCCUUCUGUCGAUGGAACUCCAGGUGAGGCGGGUGUGUCUACUGCAGAAAUCGGUGCAUGGUUGCGCCUUGCUUUGCCUAGGGAGACCGAGCCUUUGUCCGCCCAUUCUCUUAAGAGGACUUUGUUGUCUUAUGCAAAUAAGAGGGGCCUUGGUAAUACGGAUAAGCUAAUACUCGGACACCAUUGCCACCAGGGAAAGAUGGCUGAUGUCUAUGGUGAUGACUACGCAGCACGCCCCCUUCGGUUGCUGGAAGCUCUGCUGUCUGACAUCCGUGAUGGAUCCUUUGAUCCAGAUGCCUCGCGGGCCGGUCGGUUCACGGGUCCUGCAGAAACUGGGUAUGAACCUCCUUUUGAGGCUGCGGUAGCCGCCGAGGAUGACGGAGCGGGGGUUGAGUCUGUUGAUGGAGAGGGGUCCGCGUUGUGUUCUUUCGAACGGGUGUCAGACAACGUUGACGAUGCACCUUUAGACGGCUUGUUGAGCAACCUGAUGCAGCGGAGCCUUGUGAUCAGGGUCAUGCUCUGUGGUCGGACGGUGCAGGAAGUGCACCAUGCGGCUACAGAAGCGAGCUUCUUGCAACGAUGCAGUGAAGUAGGCGCUGCCGACAUUCAUGCCAGCUUGAAGGGUGAGGGCGUGGAGACAUUCGCGCAGUUAGCUUAUGCAUGUGGCACCCCAAAGGAGCCACCGAGCCAAACAGCCUUCGACGCCUUUGCGGCAAAGCAUGGAACACCUCGCAAGUUGCCUGUUGCUGAGAAGGCUGCACGUGCAUCAGCACAGCGACAACGGCUCAGUGGCCUCGUCAUUGAGCGCGACAUGGUGCCUAGCUACGCCUUAGUGGACUUAUGCUCCCAUAUGAGCGACACUAAUACCGUUACAUGGAUCAGCCCGGGGAAGUGCACCUCCCGUGAAUCAGAGAUUCAGGUCUCGUCCAAGGAAACGGCUAAGGUGUUCAAGCUCGAGGACCACCAGUUGAAACUUGGCUCGGAAACUGUCGAGUUGACGGCCGACUUCAGUUCGGCAAUCAUGCUGCAGUGGUGCCUGCAGCGCCGCGGGCUCGCGUUAGAUCAAGUUGGUUUGGUCACAUGGGAACAGCACGAACAUUGGGUCCAGCAUCUGCUUCACAGCCUCACUAGAGAUUGCCCUCCAGGUUGGAGCCGGCCUGGCAUCUCACAGCUGGUGCAAGCAGAUAGGGAGGCCUUCAUGGUAAUGUCCGCUGAGUUACAGACCCUUAAAACGACCUCUGCCGGGGUCCGGCCUAUGGGGGAGAAACUUGAGUCUCUCCGCUAUGAUCCUCGAAUCACUUGUUUGUUGAUGCCUGUGCCCUUCAAGCAUCCCGGAGGAACUGUUGCUCCUCCUCCUGCGGCAGCUGAUGAUACGCCUGUGCUCUCGCGUGCAGCUAAACGGCGGCAACGCCAGGCCAAAGCAAAGGCCGCAGCCAAAGUCAAGAUCGUUCACCCAGGGGGCGGCGGUGGCACUGCUCGACGAACGGUCCCGGCCGAAUUGAAAGACCUUCACCAAAAAAUGGCUGACGGCUCCUUGAUCUGCUGGGAUUUCAAUUUGGAGUGUGGCUGCCAGGAGAAGACCGACGGGCAACCGCCCAAAUGCGUGCGUGGCGUACACGCGUGCGCCUACUGCAGGCGGACUGGGCACUCAUACCAGGUUUGUCGUGCUAGGUCCUGGAAAGGAGGCGGAAAAGGAGCCAACAACAAGGCUUGA